AUGGCAUCUUAUGUGACAAUUGAGAAGCAGUAUUUUGAGACCUUGCUCAGACGAUUCGCCAGUGCCGUGAAUAUGACUCUCAUUAAGGACCCCGCAGGCUCACAGACAGAGUCUACCACCAAUGGAGGAGGUUAUUCCUCUAAGGGAACCACUCAAGUAACUCAGCAGCCGGCACAAUUCACCGAGGAACCCCAGCCAGCAUAUAAGUAUUCGGGACAGCCCAGCGCUAGGUCAGGCUCAGGAGCUCACCAAGCAAGUUACAAUGGGAGACCGACAAAGACUCAUAUUGAAGAACAAUCAUCGGCGAGCCAUUAUUACCAUAAUGACGAGGAUUCGCUUCCCAGUGAUGAUAGGUCGGAGUUACCCGUGCAUGGAGAGGUACCCGGAGUAACUCAUGAUUCCCCAAAGCACUCGGUAAACGGAGGUGAUAAUCGUACUGUGGCUAUCAAGAAUGUUCCCGAGAGAGCAAUUCAUAAAGACAUCACUGCAGCAGUCCGAGGAGGUUCUCUUGUGGAUGUCUUCCUCCGAUCUAGAGACCACAUGGCGAGCGUUUCCUUCGCAGAUACUAAGGCUGCACAGGAGUUUUAUAACUACGCUAAACGAUGCAACCUAUGUAUCCUCGAUAGACCGGUUGACGUAUCCUGGUCUGAUCGCCAGUACUCACUAUCGUCAUAUCUUGCAUCCCAGAUGGCUAAUGGGGCGUCUCGCAACCUCAUCAUUCGUGGUGUGCAUCCAAACAUCACCGAGGCCAUGAUCCGCGAGGACAUGAAACACAUCCAUAACCUCAUCAUCGUCAGCCUCUCAUUCAACCACGGAAAUGUCUAUAUCUCUACCAACUCCGUUCAAAAGGCUACUUUCGCCCGUAACUGCAUGAUGUCCCGCAUGCCGUACCGUAUGAUGAGGAUCGAAUACUACAAUGACGAAUGUGCGGGUCCUCUUCCCAAAAUUAAAGAAGCUACUGUUAAAGGCCCAUCUCGUCCGGCAGCAAAACCCAUGAACCCCAUGGCCAACCGGUUCCAGAUGCUUCAUCUUGACGACUCUGAAGAGGACUCAGAUGACCGAGAUGAUAUGGAAAGCAAUGGACCCCUUGGAGAUAGAAUCAGCUGGCGAAACAAUACCAUUGCUGUUUAG